ACAAUUGAAACGAGCAUCAGGAGGGAGUGGGGAUGGUAGAAGGCUGCUCUGAUCCUCUCUGAAGCGUCGGCUUGUUCUCCUCGUGUCCUCAGGCAGGGGCUUAACAGUAGGGGGCGCAGGAAGCGGAUCUGGCUCGGUAUGUGGGAUUACAAAUCUCUGCCACCUCUCGGACUUCUGCAAUGGAGCGCCGCAAGCCUGCAUGACCAGCCAUUCGUCCGCGAAAUUAGGUGUCACAGUAAUAGCGUCAUCGGCUGCUGCUUGGUGAAUAAUCAUGCCCGUAGACUGGAGGAGGCAAGGCAGCGCUGGAAUUAAAACGUGUGAAGAACAAAGCGUGCAAAAGAACCAGGAAAGGCACAACCCCUAGAGAGAGACCACUUUGCUUUUGGUGCCAUGGAUCACACAAGUCCAGGCAGCCUCCACAGAUGAGAGGACUGCAAUGCAACAUGGAGGUUCUUAUUGGCCUCUCUUCCCACCGCUGUCCUGUCUCAGGAAAGCAAAUCUCUCAGGACACUGUUUCAAAAUCCUGAGCAGUCCUUAUUGUAAGGUUUGACUGCUAAGAAUGACAAGUGUGGCCUAAAUGAGUGGUCCUCCCAACGCUGUGAGCUGGGCGCACACUCAAAUGCGGUAUGCAGCGCUAGCGAAACGUAUGACUUAUGAUUCAGAGCAUUCAGUUCAGAGACUCUGUCAGUAUGGAAGAGCAGACAUCCGCUCUGAUUCAGAUUUAUGGCAACAGCACGGAGCACUUAAAUACGUCAUUUGACUACAACUCAACAGAUCUGAAGGAGAAUUCAGACACUUAUGAGUUUUAUAUCAUUGGCCUUUUCCUCUCCUGCCUAUAUACAAUCCUACUCUUCCCUAUUGGUUUCAUUGGAAACAUCCUCAUACUGGUGGUCAACCUGAACCACAGGGAGAAGAUGACCAUCCCUGACCUCUACUUCAUCAACCUGGCAGUUGCAGAUCUCAUUUUAGUGGCCGAUUCGCUCAUCGAAGUCUUCAACCUGAAUGAGAAGUACUACGACUAUGCCGUCCUCUGCACCUUCAUGUCUCUUUUCCUGCAGGUCAACAUGUACAGCAGCAUCUUCUUCCUGACGUGGAUGAGCUUUGACCGCUACGUUGCUCUGGCCAACUCAAUGAGCAGCAGACCCUUGCGCACAAUGCAACACGCCAAGCUCAGCUGCAGCCUCAUCUGGAUGGCCUCCAUCCUGGCGACCCUCCUCCCCUUCACCAUCGUGCAGACACAACAUACGGGUGAGGUACACUUCUGCUUCGCUAACGUCUUUGAGAUCCAGUGGCUGGAGGUAACCAUCGGCUUCUUGGUGCCCUUCUCUAUCAUCGGCCUGUGCUACUCCCUGAUCGUACGCAUCCUUAUGCGGGCUCAGAAGCACAGGGGCCUGUGGCCGCGGCGGCAGAAGGCUCUGCGGAUGAUCGUGGUGGUGGUGCUGGUGUUCUUCAUCUGUUGGCUGCCUGAGAACGUCUUCAUUAGCAUCCAGCUGCUCCAGGGCACGGCUGACCCUUCACAGCGCAGCGCCACUACCCUCUGGCAUGACUACCCGCUGACAGGGCAUAUUGUCAACUUGGCUGCCUUCUCUAACAGCUGCUUGAACCCCAUCAUCUACAGCUUCCUGGGAGAGACCUUCCGGGACAAGCUGCGGCUCUUUGUGAAGCAGAAGGCCAACUGGUCUGUGGUCUAUCGCUUCUGCCACCACACUCUGGACCUCAACAUCCCUGUCAGGAGUGAGUCCGAGGUGUAGGACUGAAUAGAAACCUGGAGGUGAAGAAACAAUUGUCUUGAACUUCAUCUGUGUGGAGGUGUUCUUCAGUCAGAACUCCCUGAGCUUCUCAGAAUGAAGUCACUCUGAAACUGCAUGUGCAACAGGGAUAGAGUGGAGACAUGUACCCACCAACUGACUUAGGGGUGCACGACUCAGCUUACAAGAGCAAGAGCUGAAGAAGCACCAUGUUUGGUUUAUAUCCAGCAGAGUGUAAUCAAUACUCAGUGGAAUGAAAACAAGGAUUAUUCAGGGUAAUUCUUUGCAAAGAUGUUGAUAUAAUGGAUUAAAUAGCAAAGAAACAAUGACCUGUUUUUCUAAACUUUAUAGAUAUCGAAAACAUAUAAUGUAUCAAAGUGAUGACUUUUAUACUCCAGGAUGACUGUGCUCAGUGAGCCCAUGGUAAGGGAACAAAUAAAAAAAGACAUCAAAGGUCACGUAAUGCA